UCACUCGAUCGAAAGUUUCCUUGUUUGAUGACUCUCGAGAGACUCUCUCUCUCUGCGAAGACACGGGAAGAGUCGGAGAAACCGAAGAAGAAGAGACGGAAUUAGAAUUGAAGCAGGUGAUACACUACACAUCGCGGCUUCGUCUCGCGACGUUUCUUUAUCCUCUGUUAACGUGCCCUUUGGUUUGGCACUGAACGGAAGUGACGACUGUGGAUGUGAAAGUUUACGAUCGCCACCGUUUUUGUUCGGUUCCGAUUGGGCCACUUCUACCAAUCCUAUAACCAAAAGGCAAAACCCUAGCUCUUCAAUUCGAUAGAGAGUAUCAGAUGGGCAAUUUGGUUAAAUCAAGUAUAAUUGUCAAUUUCUAGGGAGAAAGAGAGAGUGUGCGCGCUAAGAUGAUGCCGAGGCUCAGUCCACCGAAUCACAGGCACGAUGGGACUUCGCCGCUGCCGUUGGGGAUGGACUGGAGCCCGCCCCCUCGAAAAUGGAAGUCAUGUGCUUCAUGCAGAACGGACAGGACACGGUUUGGCCUCACGAUCCUCGUACAGGAUGGAGUUAUUGUGUCACAAUACCCUCAUGGGUGGUUCUUCCAAAAUCAAGAGAUUCAGAUCCUGUAGUGGUAUUCAAAUUGAACGACUCUCCAAUGUUAUUCUAUACCAAGGGGUUCAGGUUGGUGUGCAAUCACCCGGUGAGAUUUCAAUUACACGUGGUGUACUGAGAAGAUUUAAUGAUUUCUUGAAGUUAUUUAGUGAUCUUAAAAAGGCCUUUCCCAAGAAAAGUCUUCCGCCGGCUCCUCCCAAGGGACUUUUGCGUAUGAAAAGUAGGGAACUGUUGGAAGAGAGAAGGUGCUCAUUGGAGGAAUGGAUGACAAAGCUACUAUCUGACAUUGAUAUAUCAAGAACUGUAGCAGUCGCAUCCUUUCUCGAAUUAGAAGCUGCUGCUAGGUCUUCAUUUCAAGAUGUGGAUCAGCAAGCUUCUGAAGCAAAUAAUACCAGCAAUAGCACAACAUCUUCACCUCACGUUCCUCCCCUCUCAAGCUUGUCACUUGUUGGUGCUAGUUCUUCAAUCACGUCUGAUUAUGGCAGUGAUACGGCUUACGAUACAUCCGAUCUUGGCACUCCAAGACUAGGAAAGGAUGAAAAUUUUGAAACUGGUGUGGGGGAUAUAACAUUGGGUGAAGAUUUGACUAACCCUAUAGAAAAGCUUGUAAAUUAUGGCAUCUCCAACAUUGAUGAAGGACUCUUUAUGGGACAAACUAUUCUAGAGCAGCUUGAAGGUUUUCCAAGGCAUAAACCACAUGCCAAUCUUGUUAAUAAUGUUGUAAAUAUGGAUAAUUACAAUGGGAAUGGUUCCAAAGCUUCAUUUCUUUCAACCAAUGGACUGGAACUUUUCUCCGAGCCUGAGCGUGGCAAAACUAUAGGUCAUGCUCGAAAGCUGUCGACGGAAAGUGCUGGAAGUGACAUAAGUUCUUUGAGAAACAGUGAUUUUUCACUCUCUGGCAUUCCAAAUGUAUCUGCUGAUGGGUCUUUGGAUCUUUCUGGAGGUGCUGAGGUAUCAAUUAGUACAGAGAUUCAUAGCGGUACAGAGUUGCAGUUUGCUUCUAACUCACAACUUGUCAUUCCAGUGGAUCAACGCCUUAAGAUGAACAGGGUCCUGUUGACCAUGCAGCGCAGACUGGUCACUGCAAAAACAGACAUGGAGGAUCUUAUAUCAAGAUUAAAUCAAGAAAUAGCAGUUAAAGAUUAUCUUGACACAAAGGUCAGGGAUUUGGAGGUGCAACUUGAAGCUACUAAACAGAGAAGUAAAGAAAACCUGCAGCAAGCCGUUAUGAUAGAGAGGGACAGAUUUACCCAAAUGCAGUGGGAUAUGGAGGAACUAAGGCAAAAAUCUUUGGAAAUGAAGUUGAAAUUGAAAUCCGAAGAGGAUGAAAAGUCAUCUACUGUUUUGAUAAAAGAAUCUACCAUUGAUGAAAACUUCGAAUUGCUGGAUGAUUUGAAUGCUACCAAAGAGCAGCUUGAGAAAUUGUCAAAGCAAUAUGAAGAGCUAGAAGCAAAAUCAAAAGCAGAUAUUAAAGUUCUUGUUAAAGAGGUUAAAUCACUCAGACGCUCCCAGACAGAACUAAAGCAGGAGCUUAGUCAGUCACUGAAGGAAAAAUCUGAAGUUGAGAAACUUCUUGAACUGGAAAGACAAAUUGGUGAGCAUGGAAAAAUUGGUCGGAGGAAGCUGCUGAAUGAAUGCAGGAUUCUUUGCAACCAGCUUCAGGAAUGCAGUGCUAAACUGUCCAUUGAAGAUGAAGAUAAUCCGAUCACAGAAUCAGCCUCUUUGACAGAUGCUUUGAACUUGUUGACUAAAUCUGAUGACCAGCUUGCCCUGCUACUUGCAGAGGCACAACAAUUAUCUGUGGAAGAUGGAACCACUACUAGAGCCAAUGUACAUUUUGGCAUUGAUGAUGAUGAUUCGAGAACAAUAGAUGUUGAGUUGAGGAAGAUGCUAGCAGAAAUCUUCACCGAUAAUGCGAGAUUGAGAAAACAGGUAAACGCUGCUCUACGCCGUGUCCUCAAAAUGGAUAAAGUUUGUAAUAGUAAUAUAGAAGCUCCAAGGAUAAGCAUACCAAGCGAGCCUGUGGAAACAUAGCAUCGGCGAGUCAAUUACUGCGGUUCUGAAUCAGCUGGCAUUUCAACUGGUAAUGUUUACACUAAACCAGCAGUUAUCGCCUACUUUUGUACCCACCUGUAUAGGCGAAUCAGGAAUGUUUGUUCUCUAUAUCCUUUGUAAUCUAAAGAGGAGUGGGAAUAUCAUAGAUAAGCAGUCAAAUUAAAUUGACACAUUGAUUCAGUCUCACUUGUCAACAGGUUGAUCUCACUGCUUUGUGAUAGCAGUGCGGAUAUGUAUAUCUUGCCACUUAUGUUAAGAUAAUUCUUGAUUAUUAUUAUCAUCCUUUUUUCAGUUCUAA